AUGGCGGCUACGACCAGUAAGCCAGAGAUGCCCGCUUUCUCCUAUGCCCAGGCUGCAAAGGGCCUGUCUACCGCCUCCCAGCAGCAAGCGAAGCCAUCUACAGAGCAGGCAGGGACGUCUUCGAAUCGGGAGGAGUCUACCAACAGCCAGGCUGCUGGUGGGAGCGCAAAACCAUCUUCAACUCAGAAUGAGGCCCUUAGGGAGGUGGAUAAGAGUGAAUCGGGACCUGAUCCCGAGUCGAAAUCGGCUACUACGGGCUCCUCCAAAAAUGUGGUCUCCGGCACUUCAUCCCCCAGUUUUGGAACUGCGUCGACCUCCACGCUGCCAAAGGAGGACGACAUUUCGGCAAUCCCGAAUGGGACCUCUGAACCUACGUGGGACAAGCAGUCGCAGGCUUCAGCUCCUGCUGAAAAGCAAAACGCUGCGGGAGAGGCAAAGAAAGAGGAAUCCUCCAAUUCUGCACCGGAGAAGAGUGCUCCUACUAAGGAGCUGAAGGCGGCCCCCAUUCCUGCGGUGAAUGUGUGGCAACAGCGGAAAGAAGCCCAAGAGGCCAAGGCUAAAGCGAAUGCUGCUGCCCUCAAAAAUGCUGCUGCCAAUGCCUCCAAGCUCGCUCCUGCGAAGCCUGCCACCGCUGGCACACAGACACCUGGAGACGGUCAGGAUUCAUCUAAGCCUGGUGCCAAGAAGAAAGUGGGCGAUGGCCAAGCCGAAGGAAAGGACCGCAGAAAGGCCGAUAAUGCAAAGGGACGAGAAGAAGGUUCGAGGAAAUCCGGCGGCCGCUUUACGCGUCCAAACGAGGAGUCUGCAGAGGCUACGCUUCCACCGGUUGGUGAUGCGUCUGCGUGGCCCACCCCACAGACUGCGCAAGGCGAAGAGAAGAGGAGAGCUCAAGAGAAGAGCGAAAAGGCUGAGAAGAGCCCUGUCAUCAGAGCGCAUGGCAAAGAGAAAUGGACACCGGUGCCAUAUGUGCCUACUGCUGUCUUCAAUACUCCCCUCCCAUCUGCCGCUCGCAGAGGCGGGCGACCCUCUCGCGGCGGGAGGGACGGCGGCCGUGGUGGUGCUCACAACACUAGCACCAACAACAAUGGAGCCGAUAAUAAGGCUACGUCCGGACAGACAACCCAAGGCCCAGCAAACAAGCAGACAUCUUUGCCAGAUAGAGGAAGGCAUGAGUCUAAUCCUGCGCGGGCCAAUUCUCUGCCUGCUCAGUCUAGAAGGCCUACCAGUGUUGACACUGGUGCGAACAAUGAUCAGCGGCGAUCUUCGCAAGCUCCAGACCGUUCGCGAGGUGAUACUCGGGCAAAGGCAGCCGAAGAUUCUCAUGCCACUACAAAUGGACCUCAGACCACUACUGGGGACGCUGCUGCGAAGCCUCAUCGCGAAAACCGGUAUUCGGGCAAAAGCCAGGAAUCCGCCCCUACCCACAAGGGCGGAGAUCAUAACUCGAAAUCAGGAAAUGCGCCCGCUGAUGGUCACGGUGGUUCUCGUUUCAAUUCUAAUCACGAACGCCGUUUUGACAAUCCUCCACGCUCUGCAGAUUUCCACCGCGAUUCUAGCGGCUGGCGUGAGCACAGAGAUUUCAACAAAGACAAGGGAGAGUACCAACGAGAUAGAGAACACCCAAGGGAGCGUGGCGACUCCCGCCCUGAGAGAGGUCGCGGCGGUUACCGGGGGAGAGGCGGCCACUAUGGUGGUGGUUCCCAGAAUCCACACUUCUCUAACCCGCAGCUUUCUCAGAACUCCUUCAUUCCGCCCAAGUCAUUUGGUGACCGCCGUUCGCAGCAUCAAGGGUUCCAGAACGGCUCGCAGCCCCAUAACACGAACCACCGAUUGUCGUUGCGGUCCCCUUCGCUACCCAAUUCCGCUGGAUUGUAUGGUGUCUACCCCAUGCCUGACAUUAACUCCAUGUAUGCCUACCCGCCGAUGCAUCCUGGAGUCCCCAUGACUGCAAUCCCAUACCAGCCAUACAUGGAGCCGUUCUCGCUUAUGGGCAUGAUCCAGAUGCAACUUGAAUACUACUUCUCGGUGGAUAAUCUCUGCAAAGACUUGUAUUUGCGCAAGCACAUGGACUCUCAAGGCUUUGUGCCCUUGAGUUUCAUCGCCAACUUCAAGAGGAUCAAGAAUCUCACGGAAGAUUUUGAACUCCUACGUCAUUGUGCCCGCCAAUUGAGAAAUGCUGAAUAUCAGUAUGGCGAAGACGGCGUUGAUCGUCUGCGUCCCAGAGAGAAAUGGGAACAGUGGGUUCUUAGUAUGGAGCAACGCGACCCGUCAGCACGGAAUGACGGCCCUCCGCCGCCCAAGACGAAUUCGUCUGCAGAUGCCGAAAAGCGUGAUGACAAUGCGUCGUAUAACCAGCCGAAUGGAUCUGUGCAGGAUGCGUCGCAGACGCCCGCGAAUGCAGUGCCAAACGCUCCCGAAUUCACACCCUUUGUGCCGGCUGGCGUUCAAAACGAAGGUGCAAAUGUAGGGAAACCCAAUGAACACAACGUCUUCCCCGACGACCAGGUUGAGAAUUUGGUAAUCGUGGUGCGUAAGCCAGGGUCUUGUAGCCCGCCACAACAACAUCUUCUCAACCAUCCCCCCCGUUCUUUUGCCAACGGUUCUGUUGACGGUUCCAAAACAGCGGGCGGGCCAGUGACUUCCGAUGACAACUCCAAUUUGCCUACCAACGGCGGGGCUUCAGCCGGUUCCCUCAGCGCUGAAGAGAAUAAAUCACGACAGAAUAAUGAUGUGCCAAAGUCACUAAGAAAGGGUAAUGACGUUUUUGAACCCAGAUCCCAGGUGCCGGCAUUCUGGAUCAAAGAGAAAGACAACCCAGCUGAAAUUCCUUCCUCGGACAUUGUCCACGUGUCUUAUAGCGUUUUCCGAAAACAAGCUCUCGAGAAGCGUGAUCAUACGAUAAAUGAUGGGGAGCAUGAUAUGGACGUGCUCUAUCACUUUUGGUCGCACUUUUUAGUCAACAAUUUCAACGCGAAGAUGUACGAUGAAUUUAAGAAUCUAGCACUUGAUGAUCAUCGGAAGGGCAGUGCCACAACCGGAUUUAAUUGUCUCGUUCAGUUCUACGAUUCCAUGUUGAUGAGCAGCAGGGUGCUCCCUGAUCAGGUUGCCAAGGAUUUGGUCGACCUUGUCGAGACCGAAUCUACGACUAAUGGGAGACCCCUUUUCCAUAAACUCCGCUCGGCCUGGCGAAACGGUGCGUUCAACUUAAACAGCCGCAAGAAGAUCGACCAAAUUAUAUCGGAGAAUCUGAAAGCUGAACUCGACAAAUGA